AUGGAAAUUGAAAAGUUGAAAAUCCUGCUUGAACAGGUUAAAGGCGGAGAGAUUGCAGUGGAUGAUGCCCUGCAAUCCCUCCGUAUACUUCCUUUUGAAGAUUUAGGAUUUUCAAAAAUCGAUCACCAUCGUCAACUUCGUACUGGAUUUCCUGAAGUCAUCUUCUGUCAAGGAAAAACAGUAGAACAGGUCAAGCAGAUUAGUGAACGUAUCCUCGCAGCAGGACAUCCCCUCCUCGCAACGCGCGCCACACCUGAGAUGUAUAAAGCCGUAAAAGAAGUUCAACCUGCGGCACGCUAUAAUGAACUUGGGCGAACGAUCACCGUCUCGCGAUCUGAGGAAGAUGCAGGCGUUUCAGGUAUACUCAUCGUUUCUGCUGGCACUUCCGACUUGCCUGUCGCCGAGGAAGCCGCCGAAACCGCUCUGAUGAUGGGAAACCAACCGGAACGCCUUUACGAUGUCGGUGUGGCAGGAUUACACCGACUCAUAAGCAAUCACGAGAAACUCCUGAACGCUCGCGUCAUCAUCGUCGUUGCCGGUAUGGAAGGUGCACUCCCAAGUGUUGUCGGUGGGUUGGUGGACUGCCCUGUCAUCGCGGUGCCGACAAGCAUCGGCUACGGUGCCAGUUUCGGCGGACUCGCCGCUUUAUUAGGGAUGCUAAACAGUUGUGCGUCCGGUGUCACCGUUGUGAAUAUCGAUAACGGUUUCGGCGCGGGUUAUAGCGCGGCACUCAUCAACCGACUCAGCGCAUAA